AUGUCACCUCUACAAAGAGAGCACUUCAAAUUGAAGAAACAUACUCGAUAUUUAACAAUUCAUCGGCUCGCCGAGCAGAAAAGUUGGCAUCGACUUGCCUAUGAAUAUCAUCUGCGAAAAGAGAAUCGAAAAAUUCCAAAAAUUGUCAGAAAGCGUUUUUUAUUAUAUCAUCUGGAGCAGCAUCGAUCACGAAUGAAACUCAAACGACUACAAUUUGAAAAUAAAGACGAAAAUUUAUAUGUAGCGAAACAAUGGUAUUAUGUUCUUGAGAAAUAUCCAUUGAAGCCAAGAAAUGAAUGGAGUUUUCAACGAGUGCACAAAUUGAACACAAGGAAUGAACAAAUCGCGAAAGAACUUGAGGAAAUUCUUGAUUGUUCCGAGCGAUUCGCAUUGAUUCAGCACUUUCUUGACGGAUUUGAGAAAAUGACCGAAAGCGAUUUGAAAAAAUUGGAAAAAAUCGAACAAUUUCAAUCAGGAAUCAUGAGAAAUCGCGAUUUUCUCAUGAAAUCUCAAUCGCUCGCAGCAAUGAAAACGCGUCUUUUCUUCGAGCAAAGAAAAGGCCUCAUUUUCAAAACAAGCGCUUUAAUCGAUUCCGAAAAUGGACAAGUGUCAAUUAAAAGACUUCGAGAACUUAUCGUUUCGAAAAUUUCGACAUUUCACAAAGAAAUUGAAGAUCACUUAUUGAAAAACGAUUUGAAAAGUGAGAAAAAGAAGAAGCUCGUUAUGAAUAGCAUAAUGCAAGAAACGACAAAUGCUGCAUUCAACACAAUUCAAGAUUAUUUGAAAACAUUCAAAACAAGACAUUCAAUGAUUAUUGUGGAAGGCUCAAUAGUAGACAAGAAGAUUCAUAUCAAUUGCGACCAAAUUCGGUAUUUCUUAAAGGACCCUAUUAAUCAAUUAUGCUCGAUGGACAAUGUGAGGAUUCCAGUCGAAGAUUCUGAAAAUUGGCAAGAAGAAGUGGCAUCAGUCGUCGACGUUUUAUCCCAUGAAUUUAUAAUUGCACACCCAUUGAUUAAACCGUACGCAUUUCUCGUUGAAGAUUACAAAGUUGCUUCGAAAUACGGUGAAGAAGAAUUGAUCAAAAUGUACGACGACUCGACGAUUCUGCAGAUUCGGUUAUCGAAAGUCGCAAAUGAAAUAUCGAUUCGGUGUUUUAUAAUUCGCAUUGAAAAGGUUUGGAAGGAAAUGGAAAGAAGAAUUCGCAGUUUUAGAAAUGCUCUGAAAAUGGCGAUACGACGGAAAUUUACGUCAACACUUAACAAACUGCUUCAAGAUUUUCGGAAAUAUGAUCGUGCACUCCAGUAUCGAUCGAUCGACCCAUCACUGAUGCUCAAUAACAAAGCACAAGUCGAUUUGAUGCUUCAAAACGAGAUAUGGCCAAGUGUUAAUAACUUUGUGCAAGCCUAUGAGAAGAUUUUUGAAAUCACACAACAUGUUUCGCUGGACACCUCUCAACUCGACACUCUACUCAAUAUUGCUUCUCUUCGAUUAUCACUUCCACAAUCAAUCAACGACCACGCGCAUUUCUUCAAUAAGCGAAUCUCAACAUUUUUGCAUUUUGUCAACAAGAAACAGACAAGAGUAAUGGCGAAUGUGCAAAAAGCAAUGGAGAAACUCAAAGUUCUUCAAACAAUGGGAAAUCCACAGGAAGUUGAUAAUUAUGUGGAACAGAUGAACAAAUUGAAGCCAAUGCUUGAUGUUCUCAUCAAAGAAAUUGAAGAUCUCAAUAAAUUUGAAAAAGCGGUUGAUGUGCCCGUUUCCGAUGUCACCAAAAUGCGGCAAUUUGUCAGCGAAGUUGAAUCGAUGGAGAAUUUGUUUCUGGCGACAAGCGGCUAUUAUAAGCAUGUGAACGCGUUUUUCGAAUCUCGACGAGCAUUAGUCAACAUUGAAGCAACUCGAGCCUUCAUCGAACAAUUCACAGUGCAAUUAUCAAUAUUUGAAAGCUCGUUGUCCAGCCAUCGCGCCGCGAAACAUUUCAUCGCAUAUGCGAGAAAUGAGGUCGACAAUUUCAAGAAGAAUUUCGCCGUCGCCGAGGUAAUGUCAUGUCGGAGACUUCUCGACGCUCAUUGGAUUCGAAUGUCGGAAAUAGUUGGAUUUGAUUUAACACCGUAUGCGAAUAGCUCAAUAGCACAAAUAUGCGAAUUGGGUCUUGAAACGCAUUUGCAGAAACUUAAGCCGAUCGCAUUUUCGGCGGAACGAGAAGCGACAUCGGCUGAUCAACUCCAUGAGAUCGUAACCUUCUGGAGUCAUGAACCACUGGAAAUGACAUGCUAUUCUCAGUGGAAACUCUCGUUGGCUUCUCAUCUGCCAACGUUGGUCGAAAAAAUUCAAAAUGACAACUACAUUUUGCGGCAUAUGACGAAUGUUGAGAAGAUCACUGAUGACUCAUUACCGCAUUGGAUUGAAUGGAGUCAGCGUGCCGAAAAAAUACUCAAAGAUUGGAAUGAAACUCAGGAUGAAUGGAAGCGAGUCGCCAACAUUUUCGUGACGUGUCGACAAACCCUUCAAUCCGAAUUCGAAUUGCUGCGAGUUUGCGCUCAAUAUUGGAUGAAAAUCGAAAAAGGCGUUGCGAAAGAUCCAGCCAUUUAUCGAUUGAUUCAUUUGCCGCACUUGCCGUGCUGGAUAUUCAAAAUUCGCUCGAAUGUCUCCAUUAUAAUCAAGGGCGUUCGCAAUUUUUUGGAGAAAAUUCGAAUAUCCAGCGCGAGACUUUGCCUUUCCUCGGAACUUCAUCUCCUUCAAUUAUUCUCAGCGACAUCCGUCGAGAUUCGACUGAAACUUCUUAUGAGGGACUGUUUUCCAAGUCUGAAACGAAUAUGCUUCAAUCGGCGAAAUCAGCUCGAAAUGGUGGACUCGUAUGCCGAGAAGAUCACACUGGAAUUGACCAAGUCGGAAAUUGAGAAUCUUGAUCCCGUCGAAUUGAUCAAGGCGAUUGAAAAUGCGUUCGCCGCCAAACUCACCGAGAUCAUUACUUAUGAAAGGCUCGAUCGAUCGAAAUCGGUUAGUCGAAUCGGAUUAAACGUUGCCGAAGUAAUGGAAACUCGUGGAAGCAUUGACCCAUUAUUUCUCAGCCGAGUGGAUAAAUCGUAUUUUGUUCAACACAAAAGCAUUCAAAAGCAAUCACAACUCACUGUCGAUUUCGUUUAUUCGACAGAAGUUGCUCGAUUUGUUCCAAAAUCGCUGGCAGACGCUUGGUCGAACAAUAAAAUAAUUGUGCUUGUCGGCGAAGUUUGUGCAACUCGUCUGUUUGUCCUCAAAUUGGCCAAUUCAUUGUGUUCGAAUGUGCGAAUUGUGAACUCGCACGAUCAACUGCACGAAAUGGUCCUGGAGAGAAUUUUGAAGGUGAAUUCAAUGUCCAGCUGGUUUGUGCUCCUCGAGAAUAUCGACUUGCUCACUUCUCAGCUUUGGUUCAAACUUUUCAAAAUUCUUUCGAAAGAAGCGACACCGUUUUCCCGAGUGUUUUUGUCAACCACAGAAGAAAUCAAUUCGUCAUUGCCUUCCAAUGUCAGCGUCGAGCCACUCAAAUCGAUUCAUCUUGCCGUUUCCGAUUCACAACAUCUUCACGACGAGAAAUCAAGUAGCUCGUUUGUGUUCGAGAUGAAUACUGGAACCCCAAUGUCAAGUGUGCGAUCCAUGUCGUUAUCAUCGAAUCGGCAAGUCACCAAUGCACCACCAUCAUCUCCACAUGCUAUUUUACUGGAUAAGAUCUCAUCUCAAAUUAGGAAUCAUGAAAUCUCUGGAUGCACUGGUUCGAUGGCAAAAUACACACUGAAAGAGGUGCUUGGUCAGUUUGCUGAAAAGGUGAUUUGGAUUUACGUCGAUGUGUUCACACGAACUCAAUUGAUCGCUUCUCAUGACGAAUUUGCCGCCUCUCCGUCUGGCAUCAUUUUCGACGUUCUCUAUCCGGAUGCUGUGUCGGCAGGAGGUGACAGUGAACGAAGUUAUCAUUCAUCAGUUUCGACUAGCUCGAUAUCGAUUCAAACGAUUGUCGUUUUUUAUGGAUACUCGCAGUUCUGGAGCAUAUUCCCAUUUCUGUCGCCACUCUUCAAUAAGAAGGACAGAAAUUUGCCGGAUAAACCGUUUCUGACAUUGGACGACGGUUCGACGUUUUGGCCUCAGGAGAACUUUCAAUUUUUGAUGUGCAUUCCUGAUGAAGAGGGAUACCAUUUGAGCACUGUCACCAAACAUGAUAUUCCGUGCAGCACGAUUGUCAGCUCGACGAAACAGGAAGUGGCGAGAUGUUACAAGAAGGAAUGGCAGAAAAAGUUCGCCGAACUCUUCAAUAAAAUCUCGCUAAGCGAAACAAUGGAUGAAAUGGUUGACCAAGUGGUCGUUCCGGCCGUCAAAAUUGCGGCCGCCGAAUUUUUUUGGCCAUCAAUGCUAUUUCAAGUGAUUUAUCAAGACCUAACCGAAAUUCUGCCGCAGUGUCGAACGAGCUCGAUGAACGACGCCGUCCGAAUUUGCGUCAUUUUCGCCACCUCCAACUUUUUGGCGAUUUUUGUCUCGGAUCGCUAUCAACUACAACAGCAGAUUGUGAAAAGUCUCGCGAAAAUCAAAACGAAAUUGUCCAUCCAAAUUCCAGAUGAUGUUUGUAAUUUUAAAAUCUCUUUACAGGAUAUUACAAAGUUGAAUAGCUGGGAAGACGAACCCUUUUGUCAGUCGUCAAUCGAUAAAGAGAGUUCGAUUGGAAAUAUAAUGAUCGUCACCCCUUUAAUUGAUCGCUUGCUAUUUUACGCGUUUCGACUUCUACAAUCGAACCAGAACAUGAUUGUUCACGGACCAUCAUAUUCGCGAAAAACGACGUUCGUCAAAAUGAUCGAAAAAUGUUUUCCGAAUCGCGACGACGUCGAAUUCGUCUGGAUUGAUGGGAAAAGCCGCGUCGGAAGUGAGGUGGCGCAGAAAAAGUUUGUCGAACUGAUCGAGACGUGCGAAAAGAGAUUGGCUAGCCAGCAACUGUUUGUCGUUUUCGAUCGAUUCUCAUUUACUGAACCGCUUCUACCGAUCAUCGAGUUCUUCGUAGAUCAUCAGACAUUCUGGAAGGACGGAACACUUUGCAAGUCGAAUUGUCAGAUGAGGAUGAUUAUAAUCACUGAUGACGCCGAUUACACAUGGCUACACAAGACAAACGCGUUGUCGUCGACUUUUGUCGGAAUUUCGAUGCCUGAAACAAGCUUCAGAGAUCAGAAAACGCUUGUUCAGAGUUUGAUUGCAGCCAAUUUCAGCGCCAAAUCAUUCAGCUCUGAAUAUCAUCAUAUUCUUGAGAAUUUGUCCGAAUGCAUUGUCGAAAUUGUCAGAAGACCCUAUGUGAAAAAUCUGUCAUCGAUGGCGUUGUCGACAAGAUUGGCGAAAGCAUUCUUUUUCGCAUUCCCUGACAAUUGCCCGGACCCCGAUGCCCUCAUUCGGCUAUUUAUUCAUGAAACAACGCGCGUUGUUGGCGAUUCCAUCGAUCCCAACAAUCGGGAAGAAUUUGCGAAGGAAUUCGAGGAAAUCGUCAACGCCCAAUUCUCGACGACGACUGUUCAAACGUUGCUCAAAUCAAUCAUCUGUGUUGGGGAAGACGAUACCGAGAUUGAAGAGAUGCAACAGAAUCUAGAUAUUUACGAUCUUGCUUAUUCGGAAAUCGAUGCUCAUGAUGUUGUCGACGGAUUGAGCUACGAGCCAGUCGUUGAUCGCGUUCAAUUUCAACGAAGUAUUGAAAAUUUCCUAUUUGAGCAUCAUCGGAAUCAUCCAAAUGAUCGCAUCCGAUUGUAUAUUGAUUGGGAAGCAGGGUGUUGGGUUCAGAGGGUGAUGCGAGUUAUUCGGCAGGCAUCCGAGCAUAUGGUUCUUGCGGCGAAACCGGGCAGCGGUAGAUCACAAAUUGUGAAAGCCGCGUGUGUUGUGUCCAAUUCUACAAUGAUGCAUAUUCAAAUUGACGCUUCUUCGUAUGAAACCUUCAUCCAAAGAUGGGAGUACACAUUUAGUCGAGCAAUUAACAUUAUCGCCAACACCAAUCAACAUGUUGUCGUGCUUUGCCAUUUUGAUUUUUGUUAUGAGAAAAUCGAGCCUCGUUGGAUGGAACUCAUCAAAUUAUGGAUCGAGUCGCCAAAUACUCAACAUCUUGUCAGCGACGAGCAGCUUCAUCUAAUCGGCGAGCAGUUGAUCGAGUGCGAGAAGAAUUUGGCUACUCAGAUGCAGACUGUUGGCCUACGACUUCCUGGCCAAAGAAUGUGCAAAUAUCUUCCAGUCGAGACUCUUAAAGACCCUGUAAUUUUGCGAAAAGUAUUGGAAGCUCGUAUUCUUGACGCCUUGCACAUUGUAUUUCUAGUCGAUCCACAAUUUAAAUACGAUUUCUCAUGGUGCACCAUAUUCCAUUUACCAAUGAUUGAACGAUCUCGAAUGGUUGAAAAGGUUCGAAAAAUUACAGCAGAUUGCAAAAUUGAAGCUGCUGAAAUAAUAGUAUCCACAUUCUUCAUCGUCAAAAAAUAUUUGACGUCUGGCUCUCAUUUUAUGGUUGGAACAACAUUCAGUCAGCUUUUCGAAGUUGCCGACAAUUUUCAGAUGAUUUACACGCAACAAAAGAAGUGA